CAUGCAUGCAGAACACAGAAGUCAGAACGGCCCACUCCCUACUGGCCUAAGUAUUAGUUGGCCUAAGGCUAAGGCUAAGGCUACGACACGCCGGUUGAACUGUCUUCAUCCUAGAGUAAUGAUACUGCGCUGUUGUUGACAAAAUACGAAAUAGUUUGCUCAGCGUCGAAAUAUUCAUUGACCGAUUUACCACCAAGAUAGUUUAGUGUUGACUCUCUCGCCUGGCCGGAAAGAUGAUGCAACGGAAGACCAUCGGCCAACUUGUCCGAGCAAUUGGGAUACUGCGCUUGUGUCGCUACAAAGCCGUUGUAAACAGCAGUGAAAAGAUAAUGGAACUCGGACGAAGAUUCCCAAGCAAAGUGCUUUUCAACAGUCUCAUGCGCCACACCGUCUACUCGCAGUUUGUGGCCGGCAAGGACGUUGCAUCACUGAAUUACGUGGCUAGUGAGUUAGCACAGGACAAGGUGCGGUGCAUGCUUUACGUUCACGUGGAGAGUGAUGAAAAGGAGGGUGGCAGCUCGGCGGAUGCCGCAAGGCUACAUGAAUACAAUAAGAGUUUGAUGCUGGAAGCUGCAGAACAAGCGCCAGCUAACAGCAUGAUACAAGUGAAGAUGACUGGAAUAGCUAGUGUUCCCAUGAUGAUUGACAUGAGCAAUGCCAUGCGUACGGCAUCAAUGUUACCAAGCAGCGACAAGACAGCAUUGUUGGAAGCCUCGCGUAACCCCAAGAGUUUGGCAGCUGUACCAGGAGGCGUGAACACUAAAUACCACAAUGACAUCAUUGAUAUUCAGCGGACACUUCACGAAAUGGCGGAGGCAGCUGCAAGACGCGAUGCGUUCAUAAUUAUAGAUGCCGAGCAAUCCUAUUUCCAGCCGGCAAUUCAACGUCUUGCUCUACCAGUCAUGUUGCACUGGAACUCAAGGUCACGCCCGGUCAUUUACACUACAAUACAGGCGUAUCUCAAGGAAAGCCGGUCAGUGGCACAGGGUUGCUUGAGGCUAUUCGAAGAAGAAAAAUCCAGGUUUGCUGCCAAGAUCGUCCGUGGCGCAUAUCUGAAGCUGGAGGCAGACAGGGCGCAUGCUCUGGGCUACAGUAACCCGAUAUGCAGCAGCUACGAAGAAACUAAUGACAGCUACAACCAGAUCGUGCGCUUCAUGUUCGACAAAGUCCGAGAAGACGCGGCGAGUCUCAUGGUUGCAACCCACAAUGUUGAGAGCAUCACUCUUGUGCGGGACCUGAUGAAGCUACAUGACAUACACCAUGGUGACGGCGAAAGAGUGUGCUUCGGUCAGAUAUACGGCCUGGCUGACCACCUCACAUCUGAUCUAGCUGCGCAUGGGUAUAUCACGUACAAGAGCGUCCCAUCCGGACCCGAGGACCGUGUGCUGGGCUACCUUGCUCGGCGCGCACAGGAGAACAAUGCUGUGUUCAGCCGUCUGAAUUCAGAGUUGUCGCAUCUCCAGGCAGAGCUACUAAGUCGUCUUCCACUCAGAUCCACAUAGGGUGCCGUUCUGUUCUAUUUACUGAUGUAAAUCUUCUUCGAUAUAUACGUGUAAAAUGUACCAAUACUGGCUUGCAGUUCACAUAAGAAUCUGAUACCAAACGUUUAGAUCAAAAAAUUGUGAUACCGGUAGUAUGGACUAUUAUUAUUACACGAUAAUGUCAACCGUUCAGUUCUUUCGACUCUUUUGAUAUCAUUUCUGCAGAAUUCUCUUUUGAUAUCAUUUCUUCAGAAUUCUCUUUUGAUAUCAUUUCUUCAGAAUUCUCUUUUGAUAUCAUUUCUCCAGAAUUCUCUUUUGAUAUCAAUUGAAUAUUUUCUCUCUGUACUUUGAAGGUAAAUUUGAUUUAUGCAGCGUUUAAAAGUUGGAAUGCUCUCAUGUGAACUGGUGGAAAUGAAUACCCUCAAAUUUGAUUUUGCAUAAAAGCAUAAUUAUAAUUAUUGGAUACAUUUGCAAUGACAUAAUCCUAUUUUCUGAUUUAUCUCUCCUUCUAAAUUUCUAUUGGAUCAAGAUUCAAGUUUACUUCUGUUUUCCGAGUUUACUUCUAUUGGUCUUAACACCCGAGUUUACAACUACUUGUGAUUUAUGCUUGAAAAUUUCUGGACUUGAAAUCUUGACAUCCAGUCUGUGUGGUC